AGACAAUGGGAAUGGUCGGUGACGUUUAAAAAGGUAACAUCUAGUCACUACGACGCAACAGAGCACUCUUGUCAGUAGAAGAGUAUAAAAGGCCCUAUGACACUGUUGGAGGCUACGGUGCCACCAUCAAGUCCUCCAACCAUGGGAAAGAUUAUCUUUUACGAAGGCCACAACUUCCAGGGCCGUCAUUAUGAGUGCAACAGCGAUUGUGCCGACACCUUCAGGCACUUCAACUCCUGUAACUCUAUCAGGGUGACCGGCGGUCACUGGGUGGCCUACGAGAAGUCCAACUUCAACGGCUACCAGUACAUCCUGAACCAGGGCGAGUACCCAGACUACCACCACUGGAUGGGCUUCAACAACUGCAUCCGUUCCUGCCAGAUGUUCCCCCCCUACAGAGGAGCCUACAGGAUGAGGAUCUACAACAGGCCCGAGAUGUCUGGUCACAUGAUGGAGUUCAUGGACGACUGCCCCAACGUGUACGAGCGUUUCCGCCACCGUGACAUCUUCUCCUCCAAUGUCAUGGAAGGCUACUGGGUAUUCUAUGAGCACCCCAACUACAGGGGUCGUCAGUACUUCCUCCGCCCCGGCGAGUACAGGGCUUGCAGUGAUUGGGGCUGCCACAACCCCAUGGUGGGCUCCUUCAGGAGAAUGAGGAGUGGCCUGUAAGCUUCUCACCUAUGGACUGUAACAAAGUGAUUAAACGUGCUGGUUUUUAAA